UUCCUCCUGACACGGUAAGGGUACGGUCGGGUACUGAUCAGCUAGUCAUGUCAGCACCUGCCAUGGGGACGACUCGGGCGGCUCACAGUGAUGCGAGCCAUAAGAAAAAGAAAGGACCGGGUGCGCUUGCAACUGCCUAUUUGGUCAUAUACAACGUGGUUAUGACAGCGGGGUGGUUGGUGAUUGCUGUGGGUCUAGUUCGAGCAUAUCUGGCCCGAGGGAGCUACCAUGGCCUGUACUACUCCAUAGAGAAACCCCUGAAGUUCUUCCAGACUGGUGCUCUCCUGGAGAUAUUGCACUGUGCUGUGGGUAUUGUCCCUUCCUCGGUGGUCCUGACAGGAUUCCAGGUGAUGUCACGUGUGUUCCUCACCUGGGCAGUGACACACAGCGUUAGAGAGGUCCAGAGUGAAGACAGCGUAUUGCUUUUCGUUGCGGCCUGGACUAUCACCGAGAUCAUCCGCUACUCUUUCUACACCUUCAGCCUGCUCAACCAUCUCCCCUACCUCAUCAAAUGGGCAAGGUACACCUUCUUCAUUGUGCUUUACCCAAUGGGGGUCACGGGUGAGUUGCUGACCAUCUAUGCCGCACUGCCCUAUGUGCAGAAGACAGGGCUCUACUCAAUCACUCUGCCCAACAAGUACAACUUCUCCUUCGACUACCACAGCUUUCUCAUGCUCACCAUGAUCUCCUACAUUCCCCUGUUUCCUCAGCUGUAUUUCCACAUGUUGCGGCAGAGGAAGAAAGUGCUGGGCCACGUGGAGGACUACAGCAAAGUGGAGUGAUCACCCCCAGCAACCCUACGACGCUCUCCUGAGAGUAGACCUAAGGACAAGAUGAGAGGCAAAGAUAACCUUUAAGAAAAAAUACACUACCGAUUUAAGAGAAAAAAUAGUCUGCUCAUUGUAUUACAAUGCCCCAACUUUUGUUUUCCCCGAUGAAGACCGUAUGGAUAACAAUGGAAACAAAUUACAUUGUUGAUGAAUAUGAUGAUGAUCGGACUUGGUGAAUGGAGAGAAACGCUUGCCAUGCUCAUAGCUGAAGUUUACAGGCUUGAUUGGGUUGGUUAGAGGAGUUGAGAGGGCCACAGUGAAGAGAAGGGAAAAGCAGGCACUUGUGGGUCAUGACAACAAUUAAUACUCUACUUUAGCCCUGUGAACAGGAUUUGCUUUCUCAUUUUUCCAUGUUCUGUUUCUUCGAACAAACAAUACAGCAUUCUGUUUUGUUAUUCUUUCUUUAUUUGUCUGUAAACUAUUUGUCCGUUAAUGCCCACUGCUCUGCAUCUGUGAAAUGACACCAAAGGUGUUCACAUAUGACGUAUUAACAAUAUUUUCAUUGACAGAAAUUCUGGAACAUUCCUCUACUUGUCUUGCCAUGCUAAAUGAAUAGCCUCCUAAUUGUUGUAAGACAGCAUUGUUUAUUGUUUUUUUGAUUCUCAAACAUCCCUUUUUCUUGAGCACUGAUUUAGUUAAUGUAGUCGUAUGCCUUGACAGUGCAGACAAAACUGCUCUCAGACUUGAUAUCUGUUCUCAUGAUUUACCAUUAACCAUUAAGCUUUUUUUCGCCUCAAUUGUAGUAGUUUUAUGUUGGCCAUAGAUGUGUUUGAAAUAUUGGUAACAGUUUUUAAACUGUUUGGAACAUGUAUUUGUACUUACUUAUGGUUUGAUGUGACAGGUUGAUAUUUGUGGGUUGUCUACAUAUAAAUAUAUAACCAGUCGACAGUAGCAAAAUAGUUACAACAGACUUGCUAGUUGUACAGUUAUUGCAAGUAUUUUUUCUGCAUCAAUAUGUUAUUGAACUGUUUUGACAUGCAGCAUCUUAAUGGUCUUUUAAAAAUGGAUGCAGUUGUCCUUCUGACGCCAGGGAUAUGUGAACAGUAAACUCUCUUGACUGCU